GCCACUUGACAAAAACUUAAUGGGAAUAGCCCUAAAUCAACAUUCAAGACAACAAAAAUUCAAAUUAAUGGCUUACGCUGAUAAUCUCACAAUUGGUAUAGCAUCACACGCAGAAUGGGAUAUUAUCACCAAAGUGUUCCAGAAAUAUGAAGAUGCGUCUAACGCGAAAAUUAAGUCAGUUUUGGUUUCGCUAACGUCUAACGCCCGGCAUAUAGAACACCAAGAGACAAAAAAGUUUAAAAUAUUACCAGACAAUGAGUCGGUUAAAGUACUAGGAUUCGUGUUGGAUUCGCAAAGUAGAAUAAGUAAGAAUACUUGGCCAGAAAUGAUAUUAAAGAUAAAAAAUAUGCUAGGAAAAUUAUCACAGUGUAGCUUAUCUAUCAAGAGGGAGUCCCCUCCAAGAAUAUACGAGGAAAUAAUUACGGUAUCGAAUAUUAAAGAU